UCCCCCCCCUGCCCCAGCAGCAGCAGCAGCAGCUGCAGAUGUUCUGGUCGUACCAGCGGCACGAGAUCGAGCAGGUGAACGACUUCAAGAACCACCAGCUCCCCCUCGCCCGCAUCAAGAAGAUCAUGAAAGCCGACGAGGACGUCCGCAUGAUCUCCGCCGAGGCCCCCAUCCUCUUCGCCAAGGCCUGCGAGCUCUUCAUCCUCGAGCUCACCAUCCGCUCCUGGCUCCACGCCGAGGAGAACAAGCGCCGCACUCUCCAGAAGAACGACAUCGCCGCCGCCAUCACCAGAACGGACAUCUUCGAUUUCCUCGUCGACAUCGUCCCCAGGGACGAGAUCAAGGACGAGGCCGCUCUCGGCGGGAUGGUGGGGGCCACCGCCAGCGGCGUCCCCUAUUACUACCCUCCGAUCGGGCAGCCGGCCGGGGCCCCCGCCGGGAUGAUGAUCGGACGGCCGGCGGUGGACCCCACGGGGGUGUACGUUCAGCCGCCGUCGCAGGCGUGGCAGUCCGUCUGGCAGACGGCGGCGGACGACGGAUCGUACGGCAGCGGCGGCCAAGGGAACCUCGAUGGACAGAGAUCUUGGGUCCGGGUGGAGGGGUCGGAAAAUCAUAGAUUUCGGUCAUCGUAUCUUAAGUUAAGAUUGGAUAUGCAAAUGGAGCUUGUGAGUUAGGUCGUAAAUGGUGCCUACGUUGGUGAUGCUAUGAGCUGCGAGAUGUUAAUCAGAAUGCUCUAAGAUGUUAUUACUCUGAGCAACUAAUUUGCAGAUGUGUUGUGUGGUUUGGAGAAAUACAUCCGGCUAUGCAGAUGGUUCUUGGAAUUUUUAUUCCUUUUAAUUGUAAUUGCCUAUUAUUGUUAUUAUUAUUAUUAUUUUUAAAAAAAAUUGGGCAACAUAAAACUUACUGCUUUGUUUAUUGUCUAAUGUGCAGUCUUUAAGAUUUAGGGCCAUAACGUUGCUAAUUGAGACGAUUCUGGUGAUUUCACAAUCCCUUGUGUUAUUAAUUGAACUGGUACAUUUUAGUACGAGUUGUUAUUUAUUUUGUUUUAUUUUAUUUUUUCGUGGACCAGAUUCCGCUUCGUUAACAAGUUCGUACAACUUCAAUAAAUUUCAUUUUGAUC